AUGAAGCUCUACUGGACAUUUAAGUACAGCUUCUUUGUGUUUCGCGCCUGGUUCAGUGAGCAGUGGCGGCGACUAGGAGACGAAGAAGAAAACUGUGCCUUUGAUGCAUUUAUCUCAUACAAUUUCUCUGAUGAACAAUGGGUCAUGGAGCAGUUAGUUCCUAAUCUGGAAGGAAAUGGAUCCUCAUUCAAACUCUGUCUGCAUCACAGAGACUUUGAGGUCGGGCGCAACAUUGUGGAUAACAUUGUGUCUGCAGUAUACAGCAGCCGUAAAACCAUCUGUGUGGUUAGCCAAAACUUUCUGAGAAGUGAGUGGUGCUCAUUGGAAAUCCAACUGGCCAGUUAUCGCCUCUUUGAUGAGCACAGGGACGUUCUGCUUCUGGUUUUUCUGGAGACCAUUUCAGAGCGGCAGAUAUCAUCCUACCACCGUAUGAGGAAAGUAAUGCUGAAGAAGACCUAUCUGCAGUGGCCAGGGGCAGACUGCUCAGACCCGGCACAAGCCCAAAAGCUGUUCUGGACACAGCUGCGCAGAGCCAUGAAGGAGACCGGGCAACGGGAAAGUAACUCGAGUAACGGGAACAGCUUCCACAACAAUAAACCACAACAGUCUGAAUGUGAAAUGACAGAUGACGCACAAUAUUUGCUACCUUAA